UUGGUGGCCUAAGAUUUUUCAGUGCUUGUGGACAAACUGUUUCAACAUAGAAUUUGUAACAAAUUUUUAGCGGCUUUUGCAGGUAUCCUGUCUAUAAUACAACUCACACACAAAGUGCGCCAUGGCGCUGCAAUCAAUAAGACAAUUUUAUCUUGAAAUACCACCAGUAACACGUUUCUAUACGACGGCAUGUGUUAUCACAACAUUGGCAGUGCAUUUGGAUUUAGUUUCCCCCCUACAAUUGUACUUUAAUCCCAUCUUGAUUAUACGUAAAUUGCAAUUAUGGCGUUUGGCCACUACGUUCCUGUUUUUCGGUUCGGUGGGCAUAAGUUUCUUUUUCAACAUGGUCUUCACAUACCGCUACUGUCGCAUGCUGGAGGAGGGUUCAUUCCGUGGUCGUAGCUCUGAUUUUGUUAUGAUGUUCCUGUUUGGUGGUGCCCUUAUGACAUUCUUUGGUUUGUUUGUGAACUUGUUGUUUUUGGGUCAGGCCUUUACGCUGAUGUUGGUAUAUGUGUGGUCGAGAAGGAAUCCAUUUGUACGCAUGAAUUUCUUUGGUGUUAUGAAUUUUCAGGCUCCCUACUUACCUUGGGUACUGUUAUGCUGCUCCAUGAUAUUGGGCAAUACUAUAUGGGUAGAUAUUAUAGGCAUGGGUGUGGGUCACAUUUAUUAUUUCCUAGAAGAUGUAUUUCCAUUCCAAAGAAGCGGCUAUAAAAUGUUAAAAACACCGAAUUUUUUGAAAGUACUAUUUAAUGAACACAUUGAUCGUAAUUACCAGCCACUUCCAGAAGAUCGUCCCGGUGGUUUUAACUGGGGUGGUGAAGAAGCCGAACAACAGCAGCCAGCAGCCGAGGGCAAUAAUGAUGAAGCCGCAGCAGCUGCAGAUGGUGAACAAAAUCCCGAAGAAAACAAUGACCAAAGAGCGGCAAGACCAGCACAAAAUUAAUUCUUAAUAAGUAGAGUAAAAUUUUGAAACAAGAAAAUAAAAUAAAACACAAAUAACCCGCCGUGUUUUGCCGUGUACAAAAUAAGAAACAAAAACUCUAAGAAAAAGAAGAAACAAAAACAAACAAAAAACCACAAAACAUUUCCUAAUAUAUAAAACAA